AUGUCUGCUGUUAGGUUUUCUCAUAGUUCAAUCGAGGGUUAUUUCAAUUUCCAAAAUGUUCAAAAUUACCACCAUCACCCUAAUAGGGUUUUGAAUCUUGCAAGAGUUUCGAGUUUUUCGAUUGAUUUGUCGAGCCGUUGUUAUUCCAAAGGAAAGUUAGCUUCUGUAUCUGGUGAAAGGGGGUUUAAAGCUGUAUUUGAUUCUAGAUUCUCUAGGGUAUGUUUCCGGAGGAGUGUUGAAUUGUCGAAUGUUGCUUUGAUGAGUCGUGUGUUGGAUUGUCGAAUGUAUUCGUCGUCUUUGGGUGGGAAAGGAAGUGGGGACGGUGCAACGGAAGUGGCUGCUAGUGAUAAUGGUGGUGGUGAUUCGGUUGUUUCGGGUGAUUUGGUUGAGAGGGUGAAAGAUAUGUGGAAGACUGUUGCAGAGACUGCUUCUUAUGUUGGGGAAAUGAUUAAAGAAACUUCUGAUGGAGGAGGAGGCGAUGUGUUGAGUGGUUUAUUCAUGCAGUUUUCAAAGCCCUUUUCAAUUGGAGAUACAAUAAAAGCUGGAUCGAUAGAGGGUCAAGUGCUGGAAAUUGGUCUUACUAGCACAUCAUUGCUGAGUCCUGAGAAACUCCCAGUCAUUGUGCCGAACUCCUUUUUUUCAAACCAGGUAAUUGUGAACAAGUCCCGUGUUGAUUUUCUUGCCAUCAUUACCAAAAUCCCCCUGCAAAUUGAAGAUUUAAGUAAGAUUCCCCAGAUAUCAAAUGAUGUAAAAAGCAUGUUAACAUCUAAUGCGAAAGUUUUCUUAGGAAAAGAUGUACCCUACUGUUUCUUGUCACGUAUAGAAAGCUCAUUCGCAGAACUGACUCUUGGAUACAACCUCAAGCACAUGCGCAAACAUGAGAACUACGCUGCACAACAAGAUAUUCUCCUGCAAGCAGUUCAGGUCAUUAAGAAUAAUGGUGCUUCUCUUGGAAGCACAUGGAAUGGCACUAAGUAA